CAAGAUGGCGGACGGAAAGACAUAUUAUGAACUUUUAGGAGUGGAUAGAAACGCUUCAGAAAAAGAGGUUUUUUGAAGCUUAUUUUUAUGUAUUUUAUAAAUAAUAUAAUCUACUUUUGUUGCUUUUACUUCUAUGCUCGGUUGUUGUUGUUUAAAGGUAUUAGUUUUGAUGUUUUUAGGAAUUAAACUAAAGAAUUAGUUUUGUUUUUUAGAUCACUAAAGCGUAUAGAAAGAAAGCAUUGAAAUGCCAUCCUGAUAAAAAUCCUGAUAAUCCUAAUGCAGGUAGUCUAUUUGAAAUGGCCGUCUUAACGUUUUAGUUGUUUUUUGUAGCUUUAAUAAUGUGUAAAUAUUGUUUUAUGUUAUUCGUGUUGAUCUUGGUGUUAUGUACUGUAGUCUUUGUUAUGACGGCCAAUCACGGGUUAUUCCUGCUUAGUAUUUUCAUGUAAACAACUAAAAUGUAGAACAAGCAUUUACUAGAAAUGAAUAGAAAAUUGGGCUACUUCAUAGCUUCCCUGAGUACCAGGAAUAUUUGAUUGCAUGUUUUUAAUGGUGUAUGUGGUCAGUGAUUAGCUGCUUAUGAUAAAAUAUAUGUUUUUAGAGACAUACCUCUGGUAUCUAGGUGGAUAUUUUAGAAGAUUGUUACCAUGUGCAUGCAUUUUGGAACGAAAAAUACCAAAACAUCAGAUGCAUGUACGCAACGCGUACCUAUUUUUUUGCAAAGAACGCGAAAUUUGGUACCCUCUACAGUACUUUUGAAGUAAAGAUUAAUUAUGUCCUUAUUUUGUCUAGACUUAUCAUAUUUUUUCAAUAACACUCAAUAUUUGUUCAUUUUUUGACUUAUUACUGAAUCUACUUUUUCAGCGGAGUUGUUUCACAAACUGAGCAAAGCUUUUGAAGUUAUCGGAAAUCCAAAAGCAAAGGUACUUACUGUUGUUCAAGACUGAUUUUUGUUAUGCAGCCUAAAUUGAAAAAUAAUGAUGAUUGUCCCAACAGGCAGCAUACGAUGCAACAUUGAAAGCAAAAGAAAGAGCUCGAUUACGUGUUAAAGCUUUCGACAGCAAGAGAAAGAAAUUUAAAGAAGGUUUGUGUUGUUUUUAAAACCUUAAGAAAGGUAGAUUUCGCGCGGUUCCUUUCACUCGCCCAAUGAAGCUAGGAGAAAAUUCUGAGAUGGACUUGUGGCAAGCCUAUAAGACAUAAGAGGCUAAAGUACUUGGAUCACAUUUUCAUGUUCCCGUUAAAAUUUCAGAUUUGGAAGACAGGGAAAAGUCCAGUCAAGAUGACUACGUAAAGGACGAAGUGCUUGUGAAGAAUUUGGAGCAAGAAGUAAGAUGAGACUUUGUGUUGCAAACAAAACUUCGAAUUCUUGGGUUAAGAUGUAGUAUAGUUUGCAGCCACGUGAGUUGGUACACCUGCGCAUGACAAGCACUGGGGAUAAGUGACCUCUUCAAGUUACAUGAUUAAACAUGUAAAAAAUACCCAUGAACUUCGAUGCCGCAGAUUGUGGCUUCGGUUCUCGCUACGGACUCAUGUGAAAAGAGUCAACGCUCUGCCGAAAGUCGUGGGUUUUCUCCGCGUGCUCUGGUUUCGCACAGUUAAGAAAGUAAUAUCACAAUUGUUGUAAAGAUAAACCUAUACGCCUUUGAAAUAUAAACCUAUACGCCAAGAAAAUUGAGUAUAGUUGAACUUUCGCAGCGUCUCCGUGAACACACAAGCUAUAGACCCAUUGCACUGACGUCACAAAUCCUUAGAGUGUCCUCCAGAUGCUCCCUAACAAUAUCUGUUCGUGUACAACAACCACAUACAGCGCAAAAAUUAACCAUUUUAAUACAAAAUUAUUAUAAAUUUUUACAAAAUUUGCUUUGUUUACAAGAGUUAUAUUAUACAUAGAUUGCUAGUUUGUCCUCCAGAUGCAUCGUCACCGGCGCUGUGAUGUCAUGUGCAAUGGGUCUCUAGACGUGUAACGUGCGCAUGUUGAACAUGUUCGCUCAUCUGCCCAGACAAAGUGACGGUUAGUUCAAAACGACAAAGGGUUUAUUCCAUUUCAGUUUAUUGGUGUUUGAUGAGAGCUUCUAUUGAUCUAGAUUGAACGUCUAAGAGAAGAAGGACUAAAAAUAUUACAACGAGAACAAGAGUUGAUAAAACAACAAAUUGAAGAAGAAAGAAAAAGAACAGAAGCCUCUGUUGGGACGGAAGAUUUUAAUUUCACACCAAAACUUAAGGUGAUGAGAUCGAGGUUUUAUGAACUUCUGAAAUGAUUCUCACUAUUUGUUUAAACCGCGCAGAUUGAGUUUAUAUAUAGCUGACAGUUCUAAACUGUUCUUCCUAGAGGUCCGAUAAGCAUCAUCUCUUAUUGAUCCAGUGUUACUACAGGAGAAAACUAAACUAACUUUAUUUAUAUUGGAUAGCUCUAUCAGUUCUAAACUGUUCUUCCUAGAGAUCCAGUAAAAAUAAUCUCUUAUUGAUCCAGUGUUACUACAGGAUGAAUCCUAAACUAAAUUUAUUUAUACUGGAUAGCUCCAUCAGAUCUAAACUGUUCUUCGUAGAUAGAAAGAGCACCGAGUUUUUAACCUGUGGCUUGGCUGAUAUCUACACUGAUAAUCCACGAAUCUAGCGUGAUUCGUAAGCAUAAAUUGGUUUGUUCUUUACCCUAGAUUCGAUGGAAAUGUCAAAAAAAUGAUAACACAAAUGGAGGAUACUCGUCAGAGCUACUUCACUCCAUGUUUAGAAAGGUUAAUAAAUUUAAUAUAUUUCAUGUUAUACUGUAUAAUAUGCAUUAUUAAUUUAUUAACUUCUUCCAAUCUUCUUCUUAGUGCAUGUACAUGUACAUCCCUACUGACAAAUGAACAAACUUAAAUUUUUGUUGCAGUAUGGUGAAAUUGAGAAUCUCUUGGUAUCAUCAAAGAAGGCUGGAAGUGCUAUCAUCGAAUUUAAAGAUUUAAAAUCUGCCGUGAGUGCAACAAAACAAUGUUCGUUCAUCUAGAAGUCAGAGAAUACUGAUUUUUUAUAUCUCAAUCUUUCCUUCAGGAAAUGGCAGUCGAGAAUGAAAGAGGGAAUCCCGCCAACCCUUUGAGAAUAACGUGGCUGGAAGGAGCUGCCCCUAAACUGACCCAUGAUGAACGACAUGACAGUUCAUCAGCUAAGGUUGAUACACCCAUAAAUGUAUGUAUGUAUGUAUGUAUGUAUGUAUGGAUUGUAUUCUUAUGGGAUUCAAGUCGUUAUUACCCGAGCAUGUGCCAACUAGAAUUGCGUGAUCAAUACUGACAAUGGUUCAGGGGUGGAUCUAGCCUCAUCUGCAAGGAGGGGUACAGGUUUUCCGCAUGGGGUGGUGCAUGAGGGAGCCUUACUGCCCACUCUCCUCUGCAGUCUGCAACGCUACUAUCCCAACAUCACCAUUAUUUGAGAUGGCCGAAUCUCCAUGUUCGCCGUUCUGUUACGUUUUACAUUAUCUUUUGUUUAUAAAGUUUAUAUCGACUUUUUAUCACGUAUGCGUGACUGGACAGUUGCUGUAGCACAGUACAGUAAAUUUGCUUGUUAAAGUACAGUAUAUUUGAAAAUAUGGCUGUAUAUAACAACCUCGACAUGUUUACAUAUUUAACCAUGAUUUUAAACUAAAGCAUUCUGAGUAUUUUCUCGUGAGCUCACAAAUGAAUUAAAUCGUUUCAAAAAAUCGACACGCGCUAACAGUAGAAGUUUCGCUAAUCGCUAUGCGAAAAGCAGAAAAUGCAUGGUCAAGCAGAUUGUUUUAGGAUGGUGCUGGACUUCUCUAGGCGGUGCUAGACACCACUAAAUGUUGAUAUUCCUUGUUUUAAGGUGACAUCUACGAGUGAAAAUAAUUUAGUAUCUGGGAGAGACUUUGAAAGCUUAGUGAUGAGAAAACUACGUCAAGCUGAAGAAAGAAAAAGACUCUGUGAGGAACUCGCGAAUGAAGACGCAAGCUAGCUAGGAAGGUCAGUGUUAGCAAGCGCGCCGAAUGAAUUACCACCACCUCGUCUCUGGGGAAACAAUGUCAGGAAAUUGUCUACCAAAAGGGAGAUUGGUGCAAUAUUGCAUAGGACAGAAAGUUAUUGAUUCACCUCUGUAAGAUACCGAUAUCAAUUACCAGAUUACUAUUACAAGGUGAAGAAAAACAAAUGAAACUGUUACUCUGCAACAAAAAAUUAGAUAAAAAAUUCCAG